AGACACACCCACAAACCCCCCCAACCCAACCCCAACUGUCUCAUAAUUUUCAACUUACACCUUCAAAAUGAGACUUUCAAACAUCAUUCCAUUGUUCCUCAUCUUUGCAACUCUAGGCCUCUAUAUGUUCACUCAAAUCACCAAUUCUUCUACUCAUCAUACACUCAUUUCGCUUCAAGCAAGGAGAGGGCUCAGGACUCCACAAGACUCAAACCCCGAUAUCACCAAGGUAGAUGGAAAUGCAAGGAGAUCUAAAAUGCAAUCAAAUUCAAUGGCAAAAGCAUAUGAUGCGAACAGUAAUGAAGCUGCAGAGAUUGUUUACAAUAUUGAUUACCAUGGAGUGACAACUCACCCGAGUCCGACACCUAAGCAUCCAUAAAAGUUGAGCCAUAGAGUAUUGUUUGUGCAUCUUUCAAAAAAUCUAGAAUCAAUUAUACUAUUGUACCGAUUGAUGAGUUCACAAUAUGGAUUUGACAUACCUUCC